CCCUUUUGAUUAUUUUUUUGGAACACAAAACCCUUUGGAUUUGUUUCGUCUCAGCACCGCAGCGCAGCCGCAAUCUCAAAGAACCAUUGCAGCGUUAACCCAUCGGAACGCAACCUCAUCAACCAAUCCACAGAAAUGGUGAACCAAAGACAACGCCUCGCCAAGAAACGAUUCAAGGCCGAAAACCCCGAACUCUUCCCCAAACCAGAACCCACUCCACCAAAAGACCCAUCGAAAAAGAAAAAGAACAAAUUCAAGCGCAAAAAGCCCGACUCAAAAGACAAACCCCGUACCGGAAAACGCCCCCUUCGAGUCCCCGGUAUGAAACCCGGCGACAGCUGUUUCAUUUGCAAGGGAUUAGAUCAUAUCGCUAAGUUUUGCACCGAGAAAGCCGAAUGGGAGAGGAAUAAGAUUUGUUUGCGGUGUCGGCGACGGGGUCAUAGAGCUCAGAAUUGUCCUGAUGGUUCUAAAGAUGUGAAAUUCUGUUACAAUUGUGGUGACAAUGGUCAUUCUCUUGCUAAUUGUCCGUAUCCUCUUGAAGAAGGAGGAACGAAGUUUGCUGAGUGUUUUGUUUGUAAUGAACAAGGGCAUUUGAGUAAGAAUUGCCCUAAAAAUGCUAAUGGCAUUUAUCCAAAGGGUGGUUGUUGUAAAUUAUGUGGUGGUGUGACACAUUUGGCAAAGGAUUGUCCUGACAAAGGGAAGAAUGGAUUUGGUGGUGGUGCUAAAGGGGCUGUUCACAACUUGCUGAGAACCGACGAGAGGCCCAAGGGUCAAGUUACCAAAUUUGUGAGCGGAGAUGAUAUGGAUGAUGACUUUACCACACAAGAAAUAAAAAGCGAUGAGAAGAACAAGUCUGCCAAGUCCAAAGAUGGCAGUGUAAAACCAAAGAAAGGUCCUAAAAUCGUAAAUUUUGACUAGUGCAUUUUUGGAAUCACAAUGAGUUUGACAAAAUCUUAGGUACAUCGUGAUUUUGUUGAAACUCCGAAAGUAUAAUUUUUAUCAAAAUCACGGUGUCACAUUGUGUGAUUCUAUGGAACUCACAGUCAAUCCAAACAUACAUUUAAGAUAGUUUCCUCAUAAUGUGUUGUAUGGAGAUUGGUUUCCAUUUUCUUUGUUCUUUUAGUACCUCUAAGUAUACAGUAGGACCCUGCUAUGCAUUGCAAUAUGCUGAAUCUCAUCUAGGUUGAAAUCAAAUGCAAUUUUCGAAGGGUUGGGUUACCUGAGAUUUUGAAGAA